AUGAGUCAACCUGGUUUACCGCGACUCCAAUAUCCCAAUCUUGGUAAGUUUGAAUGCGUGCGCAUGGGAAGAUUACAUGUUGGAAUUGCAAUGAAUUCACAAGAAUGA